CUGCUUCCAUGGCUGCUGCGUAGCGAUGCCACGAAGAAGAAGUUCCUCGCAGGGCGUGGUGGGAUAGGAGUCUCCUCAGUGGAGGACUGAAACAGUGCCCCAGCUGGCUGGCUAGCUGCAGAGAAGAUGGCUGCAGAAGGGAUUUUCAGGCCACCGUCUGAAAACAGAGCGCCGUUUGUCAUGUCCAGCGACGACUAGCCAGCGUGUCACCGCGGUAGCUCCGUCGCUCGGUUCCUCCCGGAUUUCGUCGGGAGAGGAUAGAAACAACAUGGGGUCGCAGACUCUACAGAUCCUGAGGCAGGGGGUCUGGGCUUCAGUCACAGGCGGAUGGUACUACGACCCCGAUCAGAACACAUUCGUCAACGCUUUACAUCUCUACAUCUGGCUGUUCCUGCUAUGUUUCCCCUUCACCCUUUACAUGGCCCUGCCGCCGACCAUGGUGAUCGUGGUGAUCUACUGUGGCGUGAUUGCUGCCAUGUUCCUCCUGCUGAAGACGGUGAACUACCGCCUCCACCACGCACUGGACGAGGGGGAGGUGGUGGAGCACCAGGCCAAGGAGAAUCAGGGCAGCAGAGGUGGCACCGAGGGGGCUAACGACGGAGGGGGCACCCGCCGGGAGGACAGCAACGGCCCCGGGGACCCUGGAGGGGGCAUCGAGAUGGCAGACUUCAUCCGACAAGAGACUCCUCCGGUGGACUGCAGUUCAAGGAACUCCUAUAUUGGGAUGGAGUCUAACCAGCAGAUUGCGUCCACACACGGAAGAGCAACAGUUGCCAAAGGAGAUGUGGGAAAGACCUCAGAUGACAUCAGUUUGACGCUUGUGGAGAGCUGCAGUCACGACCACGAUCUGCUCUCGGACACAAAGAUGUACUGCCUUGUUCCCAAUGACUCCUUCGCCUCCUUGCAGCCAUCAACCUCCUUGUGUCCUUCUGAGCUGUCCAGGGAGCCUGCUGAUCUCUGUAACUCUGCUGCUUAUCACUUCAGCCUGUCGCACUCCUGUGACACGGAGGUGACCGCUCACGCAUCAAUGCAAUCUCAAACCUUUAGGAAGGAGCUGCGUUCUCGGGGCCUGCCUCGGACCUCCAGCUCGGCGGGUUCUGCUUUCCCGGACCCGUGCCUACCAGACUUUGCUCUGUACCCUCCGCCCAGGAGAGGUGGCCUUGACCCCGUGUGUGAGCUGGAGGCGGCCAGGCCACACAGGCCGGGGGCGUGCGACAGAGACGGGGCAGAGCGGCUGUACCAGCAGGACCAAGCCGUGCCCUCCACCUCUGGAGUAGAGUGUUACCGGCACAAAGAACCGCGCAGAGUUCCUCGCUCGGCCUCCAGGGAGGCGGGGGAAGGCAGCUCGGGACUAUACCAAGUGGAGUUGGGUGGUAGCGGGAGAGGUUCUUGCGGGGGAGGAAAAUCCCAAGGAGGAGAGCGAAGUGCCGACAGCCUGAGGAGCCUGAGCACUCGCAGCAGCGGCUCCACUGAGAGCUACUGCAGCGGCACGGACCGGGACACCAACAGCACCGUCAGCAGCUUCCACAGCGAGCAGACCAGCUCCACACACGUGGAGAGUCUGCUGUCACUUUCAGGGGACGAGCGCGUACGGGACAGAGGGGAGCCCGCGUGCGCUCCCGCGGGCGGCAGGACUUCGAGCCUCGGCAGCAUCAGCUCUCGAGGCCUCGGCAACCUCCCGUCCAGGGAGGCCAAUAAGAACCCUCACGCUAACGAGCUGACGGCCAAACAAACUGCGGACGCGCCGUCCUCCGCCGCGCAGGAACUGCUGGAAUCCGGCAGGUGCGCGGAAGAGCCCGGCGUCAGGACCAGCGCCGAUGGCUCAACGGGCGUGACGGCCGCGGAGCAGGAGCAAAUCAAAGCCGACGUCCAACCAAAGUCAGACAACAUUGUUCAGAGGACUUCUUCUCUGUCGACGGGGCGCAGCGGACGCCGGCGGACCGGCAAGAAAAGAGCGAGCAGCUUCGACGCCAGCCGUCACCGGGACUACAUGUCUCUGCGCGGCAUGGCCAAGCCUUGCAGCGCCGUCUUUACCGGGGCCGGAGACGACGACUCCAGCGACCAGAGCGAACUCAGCUGUGCCUCUAGCCUCCACUCCGCCCACCACCUGAGCACGGACAGUUCGUCCAGCGCCACCUCCCGCUCCUGCCACUCGCCGGAGGGCCACUACAGGGCCUUGAAAGCCAAGCACGCUGCAGCCAACGCACCCUCCUCCUCCUCCUCCUCAGCGAAAGCCGCAGCGGGAUCCGAGGCGGGAGCACGGAGCGGAGGGAAGCGGCGCGCCUCGCGGCGCACCCCCAGCACGGGCAGCGCCAAAACGCACGCCCGAGUGUUGAGUUUGGACAGCGGCACCGCUGCCUGCCUUAACGACCCCAGCCGCUUGGGAGCUCCCGCCGGGCCGCGGCCCCUCACCACCUCCAAGUCCGACUUGGAAGCCAAAGAAGGGGAGGUCCUGGACGCUGCAUCCCUGCUGGGCCGGGCCUCCCAGCUGGAAUCGGUGACCCGCUCCAGAAACAGCCUGCCCAACCAGGCGGCUUUCUCCGAGCCUCAGGAGGCCGCCGCCGCUUCCUUGCGGGCCCCGGGAAGCGAGGAGACGGUCAUAUUCCGUCGUGAACGUAGCACGUUUCGUCGGCAGGCGGUUCGGCGGCGGCACAACGCAGGGAGUAACCCCACCCCACCCACCUCCCUCAUUGGAUCUCCUCUCAGUCUUCAGGAGGCCCUCAGCCAGGCCUCCCAGCCUUCUACUUGCCAGGUGAACAGUCAGCCGUCCCGAACCCCGUCCCAGGUGACAGUGCUGAGCGCAAGCGCCUCCCUGCUGGCCAGGAACGGAAGCACAAACCUGGAGGGUUCUCAGGACAAGGCCUCCACUGUUGGCGCCACCAGCUUGCAGGAUGACUUCGGAAAGCUCACCCCCUCCUUAUAUGAGGCCGGUGGAUGUGAUAUGUCCCUGGUCAAUUUUGAACCUGCAACCAGACGAGCCUCCAAUAACAUAUGGGAUACUGACUCCCACCUCUCCAGUUCUACCUCAGUUCGCUUCUAUCCUCAUGACCUGAUCUCCCUCCCUCAGAUUCGUCUAAACCGUUUGCUGACAAUGGACCCAGAGCUGCUGGAGCAGCAAGACGGAGACCUAAGCCCAGAGCUCCAGGAUGCUCCACUGGGACAAGAGGACACUGCAGCCUCCACUGCUGCUGGCAAAGCCAAGCAGUACUACCGCUUGUGGCUUCUUCCCUACCUGUGGGUCGGCCUGCACUUUGACCGGCUCACUCUGCUAGCACUUUUUGACAGGAACCGUGAGGUUUUAGAGAACAUGCUGGCGGUGGUGCUGGCUGUCCUCGUGGCCUUCCUGGGUUCAGUGCUGCUCGUCCACGGUUUCUUCACCGACAUCUGGGUCUUUCAGUUCUGCCUUGUCAUUGCAAGUUGCCAGUAUUCCUUACUUAAGAGUGUUCAACCAGACUCCUCUUCUCCUCGACAUGGCCAUAAUCGUAUCAUAGCAUACAGCCGGCCUGUCUACUUCUGCCUGUGCUGUGGCCUCAUUUGGCUGCUGCACUACGGCAGCCUGAGGACCACUUCCUCCCGUUUCACCCUGUACGGCGUCGCGCUCACCAGCUCCCUGGUGCUCACCUCAGCCAGGGAUCUUGUCAUAGUCUUCACUCUGUGUUUUCCCAUCAUCUUCUUCGUGGGGCUGCUGCCACAAGUCAACACGUUCGUCAUGUACCUCUUUGAGCAGCUGGACAUCCAUGUGUUCGGGGGCAACGCCUCCACGAGCCUACUGUCGGCGCUGUACAGCAUCCUGCGCAGCAUCGUGACGGUCGCUCUGCUUUACGGCUUCUGCUACGGAGCCCUGAAGGAGACCUGGGAGCCUCAUCACAUCCCCGUGUUAUUUUCCGUGUUCUGCGGCCUCUUGGUGGCAGUGUCCUACCACCUGAGCCGGCAGAGCGGCGACCCGUCCGUCCUCAUCUCACUGAUUCAGUCCAAGAUUUUGCCUAAUUUAAAAGAUAAGAAUCCAGAGGACCCUCUGUCAGAAGUACAGGACCCUCUGCCAGAAAAGCUCAAGGCGUCAGUGAAUGAGCGUCUGCAGUCUGACCUGAUCGUCUGCGUGGUCAUUGCUGUCCUUUACUUCGCCAUCCACGUCAGCACAGUGUUCAUAGCGCUACAGCCUUUCCUCAGCUACGUCCUGUAUGCUCUGCUGGGGACGGUGGGGCUGCUCACCCACUACCUGCUGCCCCAAGUCCGAAAGCAGCUGCCCUGGUACUGCUUCUCCCACCCCCUGCUCAAAACCAAGGAGUACUAUCAGUUUGAAGUCAGGGAUGCGGCUCACGUGAUGUGGUUCGAGAAGCUCCACGUGUGGCUGCUGUUUGUGGAGAAGAACGUCCUCUAUCCGCUCGUCAUCCUCAACGAGCUGAGUGGCAGCGCCAGAGAGCUCGCCAGCCCCAAGAGACUCGACACAGAGGUCGGUGCACUGAUGAUCACAGUGGCCGGCCUCAAGCUGCUCCGUUCCUCCUACAGCAGUCCCACCUACCAGUACGUGACGAUCCUCUUCACCGUCCUCUUCUUCACCUUCGACUACCGCCACCUGUCCGAGACGCUGCUGCUCGACCUCUUCCUCAUGUCCAUCGUUUUCAGCAAGUUGUGGGAGCUGUUCUACAAGCUGCACUUUGUUUACACCUACAUCGCCCCCUGGCAGAUCACAUGGGGAUCAGCCUUUCACGCCUUUGCUCAGCCCUUCGCUGUGCCUCACUCCGCCAUGCUGUUUGUCCAGGCUGUGGUGUCGGCGAUCUUCUCCACUCCCCUCAACCCCUUCCUCGGAAGUGCCAUCUUCAUCACCUCCUAUGUCCGCCCCGUCAAGUUCUGGGAGAGAGACUACAACACUAAGAGAGUGGAUCACUCUAACACUCGGCUGGCCUCUCAGCUCGACAGAAACCCAGGUUCAGACGACAACAACUUGAACUCCAUCUUCUACGAGCACCUGACCCGCUCGCUGCAGCACAGCCUCUGCGGUGACCUGCUCCUGGGUCGCUGGGGAAACUUCAGCACCGGGGACUGCUUCAUUCUGGCCUCGGACUACCUGAACGCUCUGGUGCACCUCAUCGAGAUCGGCAACGGCCUGGUCACCUUUCAGCUCAGAGGGCUGGAGUUCAGGGGAACUUACUGCCAGCAGAGAGAAGUGGAGGCCAUCACUGAAGGGGUGGAGGAGGACGAGGGCUGCUGCUGCUGCGAGCCGGGCCACCUCCCCCACAUCCUCUCCUUCAACGCUGCCUUCGGCCAGCGCUGGCUGGCCUGGGAGGUCCUGGUCACCAAGUACGUCCUGGAGGGCUACAGCAUCACCGAUAACAGCGCCGCCUCCAUGCUGCAGGUGUUCGACCUCCGACGCAUCCUCACCACCUACUACGUCAAGGGCAUCAUCUAUUACGUGAUUGCCUCGCCUAAACUGGAGGAGUGGCUGGCUAACGAGACCAUGAAGGACGGCCUGCGGGGAUGUGGGGAGAGGAACUACGUCGACCUGGACCCCACCUUCAAUCCCAACAUCGACGAGGACUACGACCAUCGGCUCGCCGGCAUCUCCAGGGACAGUUUCUGUGGAGUCUACCUGGGCUGGAUCCAGUACUGCAACUCCAGAAGGGCCAAGCCGCUGGACAGCGAGAAAGACUCGGCUCUGGUGCUGCUCUGCUUCGGCCUGUGUGUGCUCGGAAGGAGAGCUCUGGGAACAGCAGCCCAUCAUAUGUCCAGCAAUCUGGAGUCUUUCCUUUACGGGCUUCAUGCAUUAUUCAAAGGAGACUUCCGCAUCUCGUCAGUGCGAGACGAGUGGAUCUUCGCAGACAUGGAACUUCUCAGGAAAGUCGUGGUACCUGGAAUCCGAAUGUCUCUGAAACUGCACCAGGACCACUUCACGUCCCCCGAUGAGUACGAUGAGCCGGCGGUUCUUUUUGAGGCCAUCUCCUCCCACCAGCAGAACCUGGUCAUCGCUCACGAGGGCGACCCCGCCUGGAGGAGCGCCGUGCUGUCCAACGCCCAGUCGCUCCUCGCCCUGCGCCACGUCCUGGACGAAGGCACCAACGAGUAUAAAAUCAUCAUGCUCAAUCGACGAUACCUCAGCUUCCGCGUCAUCAAGGUGAACAAAGAAUGUGUCCGAGGGCUCUGGGCGGGGCAGCAGCAGGAGCUGGUGUUCCUGAGAAACAGAAACCCGGAGCGCGGGAGCAUCCAGAACGCCAAGCAGGCUCUACGAAACAUGAUCAACUCUUCCUGCGACCAGCCCAUCGGAUACCCGAUCUACGUCUCCCCCCUGACGACCUCCUACUGCAACUCGCACCCUCAGCUCGGGCACAUCCUGGGAGGCCCCAUCAGCAUCGGAAACAUCCGCAACUUCGUCGUCAGCACCUGGCACAGGUCGGAGGCGGCGGUAGUAGUGGUUGUCGACGCCUCGCGCGUGUAUUUCGUAAAUGUUGUUGCUGAUGCGUUUAAACUAUUAAGGAUUUGGUUUUCUCUCAGGUUGCGGAAAGGCUGCGGCGCGGGCUGCAACAGCGGAGGGAACAUCGAGGACUCGGAUGCCGGCGGCUUGUCCUGCGGCAGCGGGAACGGGGGAGGCGGCGACUCUCAGCAGAGCUCGGUGUCACACGGGGGCACUUCUGUGCCGGCCCCUCCUCACUCGUACCAGCCACACGCUCUGGGCACCAGUCAGAGCUCCCAGUCCGUUCAGUCGGGUCUGGUCCGCCACUCCCCAGCCCGGGCCUCCGUGGCCAGCCAGUCCUCGUCGUACCGCUACAGCAGCAGCCGCCACUCGUCCCUGCGCACCUCCACCACGGGCCUGGAGCCCUGCCGCCGCUCCUCCACCAGCCAGCUGUCCCUGCGCACGCUCCCCACGUCCCUGCAGCUGCGGCUGGGCUCCACCUCCGACCCCUCCGGCCCCUCGGGCUCCCUCUCCAGCCACAGCAUCCCCCCCUGCAAACGGCACACGCUGGUGGGGCUCCUGGGCAACGACGGCCUGUGCAGCACCGUGACGGACCCCCUCAGCCAGCACCACCACCAUCACCACUACCCGCAGCAGCACAACCCCACCAUCUCCACCGUACGGAGAGACGACAUCUCCUACAGAGUGCAGGUUGUGGAUGUGAGUCAGGUGCUGGAGAACAUCAACUUAUCGAAGCGGAAGGAGCUGCAGUGGCCUGACGAGACCGUGAGACUGAGGGCAGGACGGACCUGCUGGAGAGACUGGAGCCCUUUGGAGGGCAUGGAAGGACAUGUGAUUCACCGGUGGGUGCCUUGUAGCCGAGACCCAGCCAAUCGCUCCCAUAUCGACAAGACCAUCCUGCUGGUACAGGUGGAAGAUAAGCUAGUGCCCAUUAUUGAGACUGGGGUCAUUGAGUUGGGUGCAGAGGUGUGAGAGACAAGCGAGCACAGACACACACACACACACACACAUCACACACACACACACUUUCAAGCUUGUGCAAAGACGAAGCCAGGCGUUCCUGACUUUGAGCAGGAUGCAAGAGCCUGCAGACAAACCCCCCCCCCCUCGUUCCUUUAUCUCUGAGGGGGAAAGGAAGCCAGGGAAAAAGUGCAAGCACAGGUAGAGGUCUACAUUUAUCCAACAUGCUUUACUGCAUCGACACACAUCCACAGUAUCUGCCUUGCUUUUGCAUCUCAGAAAAUGCUGCAUGACAGUAAAACAACCCUUAAGUUUAAUUCUUGCUACUGGUAAUUAAUUUUCUAUGCAUUUCACCGACGAUUUUCUUGGAAAUACUGACAGAGCUGAGUGUACGGAGCGCGUGGAGAUUUUUCUUCUGUGUUGUUCGUCUUUUAAAUGAUUUGCCAAAUAAAUCUAUUGAAUAUCUGCCAUGGUUUCAUACACGUGAGAACUUUUUAUUUUUAUUUUAUUUCAUUUUUUAUUUUUUUUUUUUUUUUUUUCCUCCCGCUGCCAAGACUGCAGAGAAAGCUGCUGCGCGGAGACUCGACGAUUCUCCGCUCACCUGACUCUGCUUCGUUGUUGUUGUCAUUCCUCGUUCGGAUUACUUUUGAAAUUUGCAAGAUUAAUUUGCGCAAAGGAAGAAAAAAAAAAAGAGAGAACUUGCACUAUAAUCCUUCUUUUUUUUUUUUUUUUUUUUUUUUUUUAAUUUACAGUGAUGCACUACAAUCUUUAGAUAAUGUCACGUUUUAUUUAUUACAGACUCUGAAUGGCCAUGGUUACCGAUGCCUUGGGAAUGAAAAAAAAAAUGCAAUCAUCAUUCUUUUUUCAGCCAUUUUUAUUUGAAUAUUUUAUGUUUGAUAAACUUGAAAAUAACUUUUUACUGUAUAUGAUUAUAUCUCUCUUUCUAUAUAUAAAUAUAUAUAUAUAUUUACACAAAUAUAUAUAUAUAUAUAAUGUCAAUGUAUAAAAGAUUUUGUUUUCAAUAUUUAUUACUGUGAACAUGGUAUUUACACUUUAUUACAUCUUUUAUUUUUCCUUUUUUCUUUUUGGGACAAAGGUUAAUGUAUUAAGGACCAUUGGUUGAAAACAAGAUGCCGCAUUUUUUGAUGGACUGUUUCACUAUUUAACUUAAUUCUUUUUCUAUAUGGAGAAAUAAAAGUUUGAUUUAUUGCUGUAUUUAA